GAAACCACUUACAUCGUCAAUAUUCUUUUCAAAUGGGUGGGAUUGAUUGUUUUGUUUAAUGAUUUUGAUAUCAAUCCAAUUCUCAACCCACAGGAACCAGAUACUCGAGCUAAAAAAAAAUUAGCAGAGCUAGAGAAAGAAAAUAAUUUAUCAAGAAAAAAUGUUAAACGACCCAAAAAAUCUGCUAGUGGUGAGAUCGGAAGACGUGUUGAUUAUGCAAUUCUGAAAGAUAAUGAAUUAAUAUGUAUUUCAGAAGUAAAAGAAAGUGACGUAAAAGAAGGAAUUGCAAUGAACAUUAUUCAACUCGAUAAUGAUGGCCAUAACUUUCAUAUACAAAACAAUGUCUCAGGGUGGGCUACAGUAAUAAGUGUGGAGCUCUCAGGAUAUACAGCUGAUGGAACUCGUAAGGAUCUGGGGAUUACAAGUGCAUUUAGUGAUAGCUCGGCUAAUAAAUUUAUAGGUGCUGAUAUAGUCAGAUUCGAUGCUGAUUAUAUACUCAGUCCUAGCCCAACUGAAGAUAAAUGGCGUACAUACGACAACAAUCAAAAUUAUUGCAUUGAAAUUGAUGGUAGUGGAUUUAAAUGGCAUGUAAAUCCUUGCUGA